AUGGGCAAAGGAACCGAUAAACUCUACAUCACUCACUCCGAAUGGGCUUCGCCCGUCGCAUACUCGGCCUCAGCAGGCUCAGGCGUGCGCGCUGACGCCAGUGCCCAUGCCGCUUUCAAGAGGCUGCCGUUCAACUACUGCGCCUUGAGCCUACAACCAUUCAACACUCCCGUGUGCACUUCCGAGGGGACGAUUUUCGACCACGAGAACAUCAUACGGUGGCUCCUGAAACAUGACACGAAUCCAACGAAUGGCAAACCUUUAAAACAGCAGGACCUCAUAAAAGUGAAUUUUGCAAAGAAUGAUGGCGGGGAUUAUGUCGACCCGGUCACAUACAAGGUCUUCACGGACAAUACACACAUUGUCGCAAUCCGACAUGGCGACUCGGCGAACGUAUUUGCCUAUGACACUGUGGAGCGGUUGAACAUCAAGCCCAAGAUGUGGCGGGAUCUGAUGUCGGAUGAAGAGUUCUCCAGGAAAGACGUGAUCACGCUUCAGGAUCCGCAGAACAUUGAAUCGCGCAACCUGAGCUCGUUCAAAUACCUCCGGGAUGGAGAGGACUCGGGGAUUCCCAAAGAAGAAGCCUCGAUAAACUCGGCCUCGCUGGGCAGUGCUGCCGACCUUAAGAUCAUGAAGGCCAAGGAAGCAGUGGCAAAGGCCAGGGCCGAACGGGCGAACGCUCAGCUGGUCCAAGCCAAGGAGAAAGCCCAGUCCGGCAACCAAGUCAAGAAGUCAUCAACCGUGGCGGCCUCCAAACCUAUUCCAUACAAUGCCACCCGACAUACGACAGGUCUGGCCGCCGCAUCUCUAACCUCUACAGGAGUGACACCGCACACAUCAGCCGCUCUGGCACUAAUGUCGGACGAAGAAUACCUGUUGAAGCGCGGCCGUGUAAAGGACAAGGGAUACGUGCGUCUUUCCACAUCAGUGGGGGAUAUCACUCUCGAGCUAUAUCCAGACCACGCCCCCAAGGCCGUAUGGAACUUUGUCCGGCUGGUGCAAAAAGGCUACUACAACGGGAUCAUCUUCCACCGCAACAUCCGCAACUUCAUGAUCCAGACUGGCGAUCCUACAGGCACCGGCCGUGGCGGGACGAGCGUCUGGGGCAAGAACUUUGAAGACGAGCUCGAGGGGCCUUUCAAGCACGACGCACGUGGCGUGGUAUCGAUGGCGAACAAGGGCAAGAACACAAACAGCAGCCAGUUCUUCAUCACAUACCGACCCACCAGCCAUCUGGACCGGAAACACACGAUUUUCGGCCGGGUGGUCGACGAGGGCAGUUCAUUCGACGUGUUGAAAAGGCUGGAAGAGACGCCGGUCGACAAGACUGACCGGCCGACGACCGACGUCGAGAUUGUCGAAGCUGUCGUGCUGAUCGAUCCAUUUGAAGAGUUCUGGAAGAAGAAGCACGAGACGGAGCAGACCGAGAAGCAGAAAGAACAGCGUCAGGACGAAGACCGCACGACCUGGACCGGGAAGAGGAUCCGGCAGGACGGCACUGUCGAGAGCGGCGAUUCCAGUGGUGGAGUGGGCAAAUACCUGAAAGCGAGUCUCUCCACCGACCGUGCGCCGGAGAAGGAAGACGAAGAUGAGAUUGUCGAGUUUAUCGAUGAGCCUGAGGAGCCGGUGCGGAAGAAGGUGAAAGGAGGAGGGGGGUUUGGCAAUUUCGACGGUUGGUGA